AUCAUUUCCUAAAUACUAAUACUAAAUCAAUUAUUUUUGUACGUAUUUUUUUUACUUGCAGACGAGGAGAAAUUAACGAUAUAAAUAAUGCCAGCUCUGCGUCUUUUUGGAAGGAAGUGGUUAUUUGGAUCUGAUGAUCUCGUGUUUCCUGGUAUAUUUGAAUUUGCUUUCCGCAUUGCAUGGUUAGCGUUAAUUUCGUGUGUGAUAAAUAAAUAUUGGCACAAAACUUAUACAUGUGAUGAGCAUGGAUUUAUGAUAAGAAUAUAUUUAGCCUCAAUUAUUACCAUUAUUUGUAUAAAUUUGAUUCUUUGUGUGCUAUUAAUUAAUCAGAGUGCUCAAGGUUCAAUAACAGAAGUUAACGCUAGACGAUUUGUUGCUCCAUUGCUGACUUUAAAAGUUAUUUUCAUCAUUCCUGAAACAGUUCUUAAUAUUUUUGGUAGUAUCUGGGCAUUCUGCGGAUCAAUAAAUUGUAAAACUGACGAUUUUUAUUCAAAGACGGUGAUUGAAAUCACGGUCGUUCUUAACUGGAUAGUAUUCGGUCUCAUUAUUUUUGGAUUUUUACUAGUCUAUAAUCCAUUAGGUUCUUCUAAAUAUCGUAAAACUCAUCCAACAGAAACAUUUUUGCAUAAAAAAGUUUCAAAAGUAUGGAUAAAUCGAUUUCGAUGGGUUUUUUGCUGUCUAAGACGUGACGAAUAUGGUCAAGAAGCUUUUAUGCAGGUCGCUAGUUUAUUGAGUGCGCUCUUCCGUAGUACUGACCUUGUUCCUUCGGACAUUAUUGCCGGAUCUAUACUUCUUCGUGUACGCCAAAAACGAGAGACUCGUGAAAUGCGAAGAAUCAGAAUGUUGAAUGCUGAUGGACCAAGGUACACAACAGAUAUGAUGAGAUUAUUUGCAACAUCUCCACCUUGGAUGACAGUUGCAAAUGCUCGGUAUAUGCUACGAUUUGCUCUUUCUUCUUAUGGUUGGCCAAUGGUUUGCUAUUUAAAAUGUUGCUCCGGUUGCUUUAAAUUACUCAGAAAUGCUACUUGCUGUGGAUGCUGUAGAAGUCAAAACAAUGUUGUUGAUGAUAAUUGCUGCUUAUGUCAUUUUGGUGGAGUCAGAGAAAUUUCUCGACUUCGAGCUGAUGAUAUUGUUUAUGUUUCUUUCAAAAAUCAUGUCUUUGAAUUACCUUUUUGCUUGCUCCUUGAUCAUGUCAAAAAGCAAAUUGUUUUAACAGUUAGGGGAAGUCUUUCAUUCAGAGACGUUUUCACUGAUUUAACAGCAGAUGCUACUGAUUUUCAAGCACCCAACUUCCCCGUUAAUUCAGCAGCUCAUCGAGGUAUGGUUAUAGGUGCUGAAAAAAUUAUUCAGAAAUUAGAAGUAGGAAAUCUUCUUAAUCGAGUUUGUGACACGUAUGCAGAUUAUACAUUAACUUUAACUGGACACAGCUUAGGUGGUGGAGUAUCGAUUCUGAUUGGUGCUAAACUUAGAGAAAAGUACCCCGAUUUAAGAGUUUACGCAUUUGCAACUCCAGCAGGACUUUUAUCUCGUGAAGCUGCACGUAUAACUGAAUCAUUUGUUUUCACUGUUGGUGUUGGCGAUGACUUCGUAAUGAGACUGUGUGUAGAGUCAGUUGAAAACAUUCGUACAAAUGUCAUUGAGACUUUACGAGCAUGCAAACUACCAAAGUAUCGAAUUUUAUUGAAUGGUUUUGGAUAUACAAUGUUCACAAUACCAUCACGCGAUUUAGAAACAACAUGGCGGGAUGUUUCAGAUCUAAGUGUUCAACAAUCAGUUCAUUCACCAUCUGAUCAAGUUAAUGCAGAAGCUGCACUUGUUUCAAAAGAAAUUUCCCUAAGAAGAUUUGCCAAAACAAGACUUUAUACAGGUGGACGUAUAUUACAUAUAAUACGAAGAAAGAAGACAGAAAUGGAAAAAAAAACAAAAACAGGUGGUCCAACGUACGAAAUGAAAUGGUGUCAACCUGAAGAGUUUCAAGAAUUUCGAGUCAUGCCACGAAUGGUACUGGAUCAUCUACCUGAUAAUGUUUUCAAGUGUCUUACGACUAUUUUAGAAGAACAAAAAGUACAAGAUUCCAAAGUAUCAUUGCAAAGCCUAUGAUGAAAUGCAAAGAAGUUCUGGAAUAGUCAUUAAUGUAACAUUAUGAAUGCAAAAAUUUAAUAAACGGCCCAUGUCUUCGAUUUUGACGCGACAAAAGAGGAUUGAAAAAGAAACAGCUUUAAUUUACAUGCUAAACAAAGUCUUUUUUCUUUUUUGGGACUCAACACAAAUAAAAACACUUCUGUGAUAUUUUUUAAAAUAUGAGAUAUUAUAUAUACAUUACUUUGAAAGAUUAAAGUGGCUUUAUAAGCUCA